UCAUACAAACUAUGAUAACAGUUUCUUUUCAAUGUUAACCUCGCGUGGAUAUCAUUUCGCGCCAUAACUCGGUCUCUGUUAAUCGGUGAAUUUUAUAUUUUAUUACUUUUUUUCUCUCAUUUUAAAACGAUUUUCGUUGAUUAUUUUUCGCGAUUUUAUUGUUUAGUUUUUUGCAAUUUUUUAUUUUACGACGACGAAGUACUUCGAAGCAGUGUUUGUGCCGAACGAAUUAAUUAGUAUGUUGGUGUAGUGAUUGUGUGUAUGAUUUAAUUUGAUUCCAAGAUUUUCUCCAACGUUUAGCAAACGUGAGUACAAAUUUCCUUCCAAAAAUGAUUAGAAUAUGAACUCGCCUGGCGUAUGAGAAUAAGAAUAUUAUUUUAUAAUCCUUACGAGAACAGUUACGUAGAUAUAUAAAGAAAAUGCCUCCCGGUAAUCUGGAAGAGAAGCCUUAUGCGUCUUGCGAAAUCGUCAAACCGAAAAACCGAAACUGGCCCGAUGAAGCUGUUAGGCGAAUCAAUGAUAAAUACGAUAAUUACAGAUAUAACAGCGGCUCGAUAGCUGGUUCAGAUUCCAUGUCUGGCAGCAGUAGCGUCGAUACCUCCGAAAUCACAGAAGAAGAAAGACUCAAAAUCGAUAUUUGUUUUAGAGGCCUUAAAACGCAAGUAUUCGUUUGCAAUUCAUUGGCCAAUCUGUACUUCAGCGAGACGUCAAACGAAGGUUCCUGGGAACUGCGUUACACCGGAAUACCAGUAGUACUUUUAGACUCCGGAGAAACACGUUCCAGAAAUAAACGUAGGAUAAAAAUUCUGCUAGCCGAACGCGGCACUUGUUUCACAUUGUGGCAAGACACCAUCGAUAAUCUAUCGGCGUAUAAGGUAGCCGGACACGCAUUUCACACCAUGUUCUUAUCAUCCGACCAUCGAAAAAUCAUCGGGCUCAGCUUCGAUUGUCCAGAAGCGGCUCACGAGCUGUGGUUACAUAUCGAAAGACUGACAUCAAAUCCGGAAAAUAUUAGCCUUUCGGUACCAGGAGCUAAGGCUAAAAAAGUCAAGAAAAUUUCCUAUCCAAGAUUACCCGAAAAAUCCACCAUUUCGCAGCCUUGCUGCUUUCAACAUGUUACUAGCGUCGAUUUAAAUGAUAAAUCUAGGUAUUUCUCGAUGCAAACUUUACUCUCGGUAUUACCCAAUACCGAACGUCCAGCCAAUGAGUUAUAAAUUUUAAGUAUUUUGUAUUUUUCUUCUUUUGUUAUAAAUACGUUUUCGUUUGUUUUUUUUUUCGUUUUUUUUCGACUUUUUUUUUUAAUUCGUAUAUUCGAUUAAGAUUUUAAUAUAUCUCUACCUAUUUAUACUACGAUAAGAUUGCUAUAAACCUAUACGAAUUUUUCCAACGUUUUAUUAAUGCCUAUGCAAUAUGUGAUAAUGCAGAUAACAUUCGCCAGUUAAUUUUGUACAUAUAAUUAUAUUUAUAUCGGCUGACGAAGGUCUAUCUGUGAACCAAUUCGCAUGAUUGAUGAUACUAUAAAUUACAUUAUUUAUGGGUACCUAUUUUUUUCAUUUUUAAGUUAAUCUGUCCGUGCUUUUAAUUUGUGAGAAUUCGCAGAUAUCGACAUAUCAACAUCAUCACUGUCUCAUAUAGGAAUUAAAUAGUAAUCGAUUAUUUAUCGUCGUAUAAGAUUUCACGUAUGUUUAUUAUUUUUUAAUAAUAAAAGUCGUAUUGUUUUUUA